UUCUGUUGAUGACGCACGGACAGGGAUAACAACUAAAAUAAAAACACAGCUAGCUAAUCAACUUGAAUUAUCAAAGAAUGUCUCAAAUACAGUUGUUGAGGGUUUUUCUGAACGAUAGAUUAACAGCUGCUGCUGAGGAGAUAUUCGGGGUCGUUGAAAAAACGGUAGCAGAGUAUCAGGAGGAAGUUGUCCGUCUACAGAGGCUGCUCGACAUUGUUCUUCAACCUGAGAUAAACCUACACAGAGCAGACCUCCAGCAGCGUACUCUUUCUUUCUCUGAAGAGGAGGUUCCCCCUGAGCAGCAGCAGUGUGAGGAGGAGUGGAGCCCCAGUCUGGGACAGGAGGACACAGAGACCACACAGAUUAAAGAAGAGCAGGAGGAACUCAGGACCAGUCAGGAGGAAGAGCAGAUUCAAGGGCUUGAGGCAGAUGCCAUAGAAUUCAUAUUCAAUCCUGUCUGUGUGAAAAGUGAUCAUGAUGAAGACCCAACUCAGCCCUCCCAUCUCUAUCAAGCCCAAAAGGAAGGCAACGGAGAGAGAGACACUCUACCCAGUACUACAACUGAAAAGAUCAAAACAGAACCUGAUGGAGACAUCUAUGUAGAAUCAGAACCAACUAGUCUCUCUCAGCCUUUCUCUACAGUAAAUUCAGACUGUUCUGCAGCUCAGAGUGAAAACAGUCAAAGUGUCAGUGGUAUGGAGACUGGAGGACCUCCUUCAGGUUUUAACCCAGUCAAAUCAAAGAGAACAAAGAUGAUGAAAGGACAAAGCUCCUGUGUCAAGAAAUCUACACAGUUGUCCCUCCUGAAAUCACCCAGUCAAAGUCAUGAUACUCCCUGUUGUUGUAAGGUGUGUGACAAGUCUUUUCAUCACAUGGGUUCAUUACUUAAACAUGUGAAAACUCAUAGAAAGGAUAAAGAAGGUAUUUGUGGUGUGUGUGGAAAAUGUAUGGAGUUCACAGAAAGUAUGAAAGAUCACCUCCAAACCCACAUUGCAGCUAGAUUUUGUUGUGAUGUUUGUAGUAAAUGGUUCAGCACAAAUAGUAAGCUGACAGUGCACAUGAGGAGCCACACAGGGGAGAAACCUUUUUCCUGCCCUGUUUGUGGUACAUGCUUCAUGCAGAAUGGAGGUCUGAAAAUACACAUGAGAAUCCACACAGGGGAGAAGCCAUAUCGUUGUUAUUGUUGUGGACAAGGAUUCAGCACUGGCAGUGCUAUGAAAAGGCACAUUAGGAUUCACACAGGGGAGAAGCCAUUUUGUUGCCCUGAUUGUGGCAAAUCAUUCACUCGUAAGGGACAUCUAAAAAUACACAUGAUGACCCACACAGGGGAGAAACCACAUAGCUGUCCUGAUUGUGGCAAAGGUUUCAGCAUUGCCAGUAAUCUGUCAGUGCAUAUGAGGAGGAUUCACACAGGAGAGAAAAGUCAAAGGAUUCAGCAGUGGCACCAAUCUGAAAGUGCACACGAGGACUCACAGGGGAGAGACCAUACUGAUGUCCCUAUAGUAGAAGAUUAAUUUUCCAAUCGGGUACAUUGAAUAGCAAUAGGCACCAUCUAUGGCCACCAGACUAUAUCCAGCUGAUCUGUCAUUAAACCAUCAAUACGCAUUAAAAUCACCCGCACAGCUGAUCUCAAUUGCAACCAUCGUUGGCCACCGAUUUACCGCUCCUUUAACGCAGAUGUCGAGCUUAUCUUUUAGUCCUGAUUGCAACCAACAUUUUUCAAGAUGAUUUUGCCCAAUGGUGGGUAUUAUCAUCGUAACAAUAUAAUCCUGCAAUUUUAAAUUGACUAAGGGCCAUUUAUCUAUUUGACUAUCCGUACAACUGAUUUCCUCGUUUACCAAGGCAAAUAUACAAUGCAAUGUAGCUUACCCUACACAUUUUAUGAAUUGAAAAAUUAUGGUGUAGGAGUAUUUAUUUGUUUCCAAUUGAUGUAAUCAAUUAAUGGUUUUACUUGUCUUAAUAGAAUAUGACUAUUUCUGAUUAAGCGGGGGAAAAUGUAUACUCCUUAAAGGGGACGUUUUUUACAACCAAAUAUCUGUUUUUGGUGUAAAUGGCAUGUUAUGAAAAUUAUUGCAACCAAUAGAAUGUUAUGUACAGUACCAGUCAAAAGUGUGGACACAGCUACUCAUUCAAGGGUUUUUCUUUAUUUUUUACUAUUUUCCACA